GACCCCCCCGCUCCAUCUGGCUCACUGCGGGCGAAAAACUGGGGAGAUUUUCCAGCGGGAGAGCCAGUGGUUGUGCUAGCUGCUUGCUACAGAAAUCGGAAACAUCGGGGAAGGCAAUCUUACUUGCCCAGCGGGAAGUCCCUUCCCCGCCCUCCGUUAAUUAAUUAGAAAAUUUCCAGGGACGUGCCCGUCGCGAGUAACCGCAUCAUGUAGGUGAGAGAUUUCACAGGAGGCGACAAAGACGAGACUUCGGGUGGAAAUAGCCAGGGAAUUUGGAGUCCCUAAAGCUCCACUGGCCUUUCUGAGCUUCAGACUGAAAACGUGCAGCAAGGCCGCUUAAGCCCUUUGCACUCAUCCUCCACCAGUGCGGAGGAAGGAAUGAGAUUGUCGCCGGUGUCAGAAUGAGUGACAAGUGACGGAUUAUAAUGGUCUUGAAGAAGAGUAGUGAUGUCAUGGUAUUAGAGGAAGAGAACAGAUGCACCACUGGUUGCAUCAUUUUUCUUGAAGACAUUCCAUUAUUCUGUUGGUCUUUCCCUCAUUCCCGAGUCCUUUGGAGUUGAGGUAUGUCCACAGCUGCCCUAAUUACUUUGGUGAGAAGCGGUGGGAGCCACGUGAGAAGGAGAGUGCUGCUAAGCUCCCGCCUACUGCAGGACGACAAACGGCUGACACCCACCUGCCACAGCUCCACUUCGGAGCCCAGGUGUUCUCGGUUUGAUCCGGAUGGUAGUGGGCGUCCGGCCACCUGGGAUAAUUUUGGGAUCUGGGAUAACCGCAUCGAUGAGCCCAUUCUGCUGCCGCCCAGCAUUAAGUAUGGCAAGCCAAUUCCCAAAAUCAGCCUGGAGAACGUGGGCUGCGCCUCGCAUAUUGGGAAACGGAAAGAGAAUGAAGACCGGUUUGACAGCGCUCAGCUGACAGAUGAGGUCCUGUACUUCGCCGUGUAUGACGGCCACGGCGGACCUGCAGCCGCGGAUUUCUGUCACACCCACAUGGAGAAAUGCAUCAUGGACUUGCUUCCUAAGGAGAAGAACUUGGAAACUGUGUUGACCUUGGCUUUUCUAGAAAUAGAUAAAGCGUUUUCAAGGCACGCCCACCUGUCUGCGGAUGCAACCCUUCUGACCUCUGGGACUACUGCAACGAUAGCCCUGGUGAGAGAUGGUAUUGAACUGGUUGUAGCCAGUGUUGGGGAUAGCCGGGCUAUUUUGUGUAGAAAAGGAAAACCUAUGAAGCUGACCAUUGACCAUACUCCAGAAAGAAAAGAUGAAAAAGAAAGGAUCAAGAAAUGUGGUGGUUUUGUGGCUUGGAAUAGUUUGGGACAGCCUCACGUGAAUGGCAGACUUGCAAUGACAAGGAGUCUUGGAGACUUGGAUCUUAAAACCAGUGGUGUGAUAGCAGAACCAGAAACAAAGAGGAUUAAGCUACAGCAUGCUGAUGACAGCUUCCUGGUCCUCACAACAGAUGGAAUUAAUUUCAUGGUGAAUAGUCAAGAGAUCUGUGACUUUGUCAACCAGUGCCAUGAUCCCAACGAAGCAGCCCAUGCAGUGAUUGAACAGGCAAUACAAUAUGGUAGUGAAGAUAAUAGUACUGUGGUCGUAGUGCCUUUUGGUGCGUGGGGAAAGUACAAGAACUCUGAAAUCAACUUUUCAUUCAGCAGAAGCUUUGCCUCCAGCGGACGAUGGGCCUGAUUGCUUGCUGGGACAUUGAAUUGUUGUGAAACACUUAUUCACCGAGCAUGUCAAGAAACUUACUAGGUCAAACAAGUGUCAGGGUGACUCUGUGACUCACUAGAUCAGUACACAAAUCAGUGUAAGUGUAUUAACCAUUUACAUUGUAGCUUUUCAUAAAUAUCUGUCAUAUUUAUGUUCAGCUGUACUUACUCGGUAUCAGUAUACAUGUAAUUCAGCUAUUGGGAGUCUCAAGUUGAAUGAGCAAAUGAAAAAUGGCUUUGACACACUUGCUGAGUGUUAUAUGUCUAAUUUUUAAAACUCUUGGGCAGCUAUGAGUUUCUUUUGAUGGUUCUUAUUCUUCAUUCAAUCUGUUGGAACAGAUUCUUGCCUUCAGGUUCUUCAGCACUGAUAGGUAUUUUGACAGCUCUGCAAUGUGUUAGCUGCAAGUGUUUGUUUUUAAUAGUUCUACCAAGGAGUAAGUGUGAAAACUGAGUUCUCUCUGACUAUAUUUUGUAUUCUGGACCACUUACUGGUAAACUUCCCAAUGCAAAAGACAUUAAUUCAGAUAAUAUGAAAGUGUGUUUCUAUGUUAAAGUGUGUGGCUAUUUACAACAGUGCACUUUCAUAUUCCAGCUGUGUCCCUUGGUCUUCAUUCUUCUCUUUCUGUAGCUAAGAAUACUAUAUAGCAUUCUUACUACUCCUUUAUAUCAGAAAAGUUAUGUACAGACUGAGUCUUUUGGUCAAACCUACACAAACUUAAAUACUGACAGUAGCAAGUAUUUUGUAUAAACUUUCCAUUUGUUAGCUCUAACUCUGUGUUUUGUAUAUAGUAUGUUUAUGUACUGUUUGUAUAGAGUAAGCAAGUUGGAUAACGUGUCAGUAAAAAUAAUACCAUAUUGGCUGACAAUGCUACAUAGUAAGAGGUUUAUGUCUCCUUUUCGCUUAUUUCUGUGAUUCAUAGUGUAAAAUAAAUCUAAAACAUGAAAGCAUUCUAUAUUUCAGCUUGCUAAUGUAAUUUAAGAAUGUAAAACUAUACUUCUUUAUAUCUGCAUGUAAGUUUGCUGUUAAAAUGUGAAUCUCUACAUGCGUGUUUGGAAUUUUAUCUGCACUUUACUUUUGCAGACAAUGUAAAUUGGUUAUAUGUGUGGGUGUAUGUACCUAUGUAAAUUUUGGAGUCAUAGAGAAUUAAAGGGAACAAGCCUGCAUAACUCCUUCACCAGUUAGCUUUAAGUUAUUGAUAAGUUUAUCCCCAAGGACUCUUGACAAACAGAAGGCAGUUUUAUAGCAGAGAACCAAUGGUUAUUGGCAGGUGAGGAAGUGAAAUUAAAAUGGCUGUGGGUGAUAUUUUGUGGUAGGUAAUUGAUGUGAAAAACACAGAAGCAGACCAGCAUGUUGAAGCUACAUUGCUGUAUGGUAAUUUGCAAAUAAAAUAGUAGGACAUGAGGAAAAUACUGAGUGUUAAGAAUGAUGUGGAGUUUUAUUGCAGAGACAAACGAAAAAAGAAACCAAGAAGGUAAAGUUGGUGGAGUGUAUAUCUUCCAAUCUCAGUUUUCAUGGUCGACUGGUUUUCUAUCUUUACGUUUUAUUUAAAGGUUUGUUGUUAGAAGGAACAGGUCCAAUAUAAAUAUUCACAUCUUCUCACCUUUUUGAGAAUAGAAGAAAAUAAAUCUUGAGUUUUCCUGCAUAUAUUAAUGAGGAAUUUUUCUUUGGUAAAAAAGGUGACAAAUAUUUCAAUUUUUUUUUUCUCCAAAGGAAGCUUAGUGAAAGUAAAAAACAUUGAGGAAGGCAAAUAGUCUCCUGUUCAUUGUCUGGGAAGUGAGGAACCAGAGGUAGCCUAAGAAAGCUGGAAAACUUCCUUGGCUCUUUCUGAGUUGGGUCCCAGAACCUAAAUAUAGAAGCUUCGCUUAGGAGUAUGGAGAAUUUCCAGACUAAAAAGCAAACGAAAACUCUAAAGCACAAUGACAUUCUGAAUGUAUAGAUUUCAUUUUUCUUUCAAAAUGAUAUUCUGAAUAUGUAGAUUUCUUUUUUUUUUUUUUAAGCUUUUAUUUAUUUAUUUGACAGAGACCACAAGUGGGCAGAGAGGCAGGCAGAGAGGAGGAGGAAGCAGGCUCCAUGCUAAGCAGAGAGCCCCAUGCAGGGCUCCAUCCCAGAACCCUGGGAUCAUGACCUGAGCUGAAGGCAGAGGCUUUAACCCACUGAGCCACCCAGGCGCCCCUGUAGAUUUCAUUUUUGAUCUGAAUUCUUCACAUGACUGUUCCUGUCUUUUCCUUUAGAAGCUAAGGAUGGGAGUGAUGUUGUCAAGCUCAAAAGUCACUGAUGCACUGAGGCGGAUUGGCAAGUGUAACAAAGAGGAGUUUUGUAGGCUUGUCUGGGCCUUGGUUUGAGGUGGACUUUGCUCUGUUUCACCUGAAAAGCUUUUAAAACUCAAAAUCAGUCAAUUUUGAUUAAAGCAUAAAAACAUACUGGUGUUUUUUUUUUUUAAGCCACAAUGUUGAAGUAAACUUUGUAGGUUAUUAUAAUCCACAAAAGAUAAUAAGCCUACAAGGGAUUAUGCAAGUAGUAGUGGAAAGAGCACUGUUCUAAAUUUAGUUUUUUAGUUAUAACUGUGAAUUUGCCAUGUGGCUAUUACCAUGUGGGUGUAGGUAUAAGGUAGAUUAUAUAUUGUAAUUAAACCUAAAUCCAUUGUAAUUUACACUUGUCCUUCAUUUAUAUGUAGUAUAUAAAUCACCUUUAUCAAAUGUGUUGCCAAACUAUUUGCCAACAUUGGUUUGGCAAAAUAUUCUUUAAAUCAUUGUGAAUUUUCACAAGUAUAAGUUCUUAAGUACCUAAUAUAUUCAAAAGUAAAUGCUGUCCUGCCUCCAUCAACUGUUCAUUUGUUGUAGAUUUUUGUGUUGAAAUGAAGGGAACAGUUUUGAAUCUCUGUACUCUAUGAUGCAAACUUUUCUCAGGUUCCAAAAUUAGAAAUUACUUGCUUUGAACAAUUAUUAGCACAUAAUCUGAAUAGAAAUUAUCUUUUCAAAGUGGAACUUGAUGUUUUGUUUUUUUUUUUAAAGAAUCUUGGCAGAGAAUGAUUUAGGUCUGUGCUAACUCCUCAAUAACAGACAGGUCAUUUCGUUUCCUUUCUAAGAAUGGACAAGGGUUUAAUUUCAUGGUAAGAUGAUAGUAAGAAAAUGCUUUGAGGCAGGGGAAGGCUUGGUUAAAGUUUAGCAUCAAGCAGUUGAAUACAAGCAUGGAUUUGUAUUUAGCCCUUCAGUUGUUCACAUACUCUUAUCUGUGGAAAGUGACAAAAAAUUUUGGUUGGAUUAUAUUUUAUUGUACUUAAUAGAUUCACUUAUCUGGACAACUUAAGCAGAAAUAAAAUGUGUCUUUGCAAGCCUAAUUCUGAUGACCUGCCUGUUGCUUUCGGUAUCUGGAAAGAGACCCAUGGACUCUGGCAGCUCCCUCUCUGGUUGUUGGAUGGUUGAAAUGGUCCAUUGAUGGUCAAUUGAGUGUUCUGGGCUGUGAAACCAUGGAGUUCCUCCCCUUCCAAAAAUGACUCAUCUGCCAUUGGAUUCUAGUAUAAAAUUUAGCAGCUUAAUGUGUCUCAAUUUAAUUUCUGCUGAAAAUUAAUUAAAUUAAAUGCUCCUGUGUGCAUUAUUUUGCAAUUUUACCAAAGUGCUACUUGGGUGUAUUCUGUACUUUCUCCUGGUGAGUUGAUGUCAUUGCUGCUUUGACGAUUGUUUUAAAUGUAUGUAAUAGAAUAAUUGUGAACAGACUAAAAUGAUAUAUCUCAGUGUUCAAAACACCGCUUUAAUAAAGUACAUCCAUUAAACACUUUGAAA